ACGUCAGGGAGCGCGCACGCAUCCGGCCCGCGGUGCGCGCGCAAGUCUGUGUGUGUCUCGGGGGCGCGCUCGGGUAACCUGUACCCCACGUAGUCGCCGGUUACCGAUCGGACUAAGUUCCAGUGGCGGUUUGCAAGUCAAGUUAAAAUGUCCCCAGAAGUGGCCUUGAACCGAAUUUCUCCAAUGCUCUCCCCGUUCAUAUCUAGCGUGGUCCGGAAUGGCAAAGUGGGACUGGAUGCUACAAACUGUUUGAGGAUAACUGACUUGAAAUCUGGCUGUACUUCAUUGACUCCUGGACCCAACUGUGAUCGAUUUAAACUUCACAUACCAUAUGCUGGAGAGACAUUAAAAUGGGAUAUCAUUUUCAACGCUCAAUACCCAGAGCUGCCCCCUGAUUUUAUCUUUGGAGAGGAUGCCGAAUUCCUGCCAGACCCCUCAGCUCUCCAUAAUCUUGCCUCCUGGAAUCCUUCCAAUCCUGAAUGUCUCUUACUUGUGGUGAAGGAACUCGUGCAACAAUAUCACCAAUUUCAAUGCAGCCGCCUCCGCGAGAGCUCCCGUCUCAUGUUUGAAUACCAGACAUUACUGGAAGAGCCACAGUAUGGAGAGAACAUGGAAAUUUAUGCUGGGAAAAAAAACAACUGGACUGGUGAGUUUUCAGCUCGUUUUCUUUUGAAGUUGCCAGUGGAUUUCAGCAAUAUUCCCACAUAUCUUCUCAAGGAUGCAAAUGAAGACCCUGGAGAAGAUGUGGCCCUCCUUUCUGUCAGUUUUGAGGACACAGAAGCCACUCAGGUGUACCCCAAGCUAUACCUGUCACCCCGAAUUGAACAUGCCCUUGGAGGCUCCUCAGCUCUUCAUAUCCCAGCUUUUCCUGGAGGAGGAUGUCUCAUUGAUUAUGUUCCUCAAGUAUGCCACCUGCUCACUAACAAGGUGCAGUAUGUAAUUCAAGGAUAUCACAAAAGGAGAGAGUAUAUCGCUGCUUUCCUCAGUCACUUUGGCACAGGUGUCGUGGAAUAUGAUGCAGAAGGCUUUACAAAACUCACCCUGUUGCUGAUGUGGAAAGAUUUUUGUUUUCUUGUACACAGGCCUGGCCUCUCCUUGAGGCGGGAAGAGUGUGAUGCCAUCUCGUCGCAGAAAGCCAUCUUCACAGCCACACUCCGCUUAGGCCAGUCUUCUGGAACGCCACCAGACUUUUUCCUUUACCUGGUGAAGAUCAAAGUUGACCUGCCCCUGUUUUUUCCUCGAGACCAGCCAACUCUCACAUUUCAGUCCGUCUAUCAUUUUACCAACAGUGGACAACUUUACUCCCAGGCCCAGAAGAAUUAUCCAUACAGCCCCAGAUGGGAUGGCAAUGAAAUGGCCAAAAGAGCAAAGGCCUAUUUCAAAACCUUUGUCCCUCAGUUCCAGGAGGCAGCAUUUGCCAAUGGAAAGCUCUAGGAAACACCAGUCUUGAGAGGUGGCCAGGCAGGCUGCUCUGUCCACAUGCAUGUCAGCACACGCAGCUGCUUCCUGGAAGCCACUUGGAAGGUCUUCAUGGUGGCACUUUGUUCACACAACAGCUUGGCGCCCCACAGCCCCCACGCUCUAGCUGGCAGUAACUCAAGCCCUAGAGCCCCUCACCUUUGGUUGCACCCUCUUUUUAGUUGGAAGAAAUACAUCACACAUCAUGAUGCAGUAUUUUUCCAGGGAAAGUAAGACGUCAUAAGUGCACACACCCUAUUCCAAAGCCUGUGUCUCUGAGAUCUCAUUUAAGUUUUAAGAUUAAAUACUCGUUUGCUUAUUUUUUCCUGAAA